AUGGCGGAGUUUAAGAUCAUUAUCGCCGGUGGAGGCAUUGCCGGCCUGACCUUGGCCAACAUGCUGGAGAGGUUCGACCUUGAUUAUGUUCUCCUCGAAGCACACUCGGAAAUCGCACCUCCAGUGGGUGCUAGCAUUGGUCUGUUUCCCAAUGGCCUGCGCAUACUAGAUCAACUUGGGUGUUACGAGCGAAUCGCCAACCUGUCCGUCCAGCAUCUCGAAGUCGCAUAUAUGCGGGAUAGAAAAGGUGAUGUACUCUCCGCCCUACAUCAGAUGUUCAAGCACUUGGAGAGAAGAUACGGGUAUGGCCUGCUUUUCUUUGAUCGGCAGAAACUUCUAGAGAUCCUACACGACACGAUCAAGCAUAAAGAUAGGGUAUUGCUCAACAGGAAAGUCAGCAAUAUAGACCUAAUUGAUGGAGGUGUCAAUGUCACGACCGCAGAUGGCUCGGUCUACACUGGUACACUCGUUGUGGGCGCAGACGGCAUCCACAGUAAGGUGCGAUCUCUUAUGAGAGACUUGGGCAACAAGCUCCAGCCAGGAUACUUCCCUGCCAAAGAGGAGGAUAAUGUUCCUUGCUACUACCGUUGCAGCUUCGGCAUCGCUCAACAUGUCCCUGGAUGGGUCGCAGGCGAGCAGAACAUUGUGAUGGGCAAUGGCCAGUCGCAGCUCGUUGUGUCGGGGCCAGAAGGCCGGGUGUAUUGGUUUCUGUUUGAUAAACUGCCGCAAGAGAAGUAUGGGAAGGAUAUACCCAAGUAUACCCAGGAAGACGAGGCCGAUUUCGUCAAGCAAAAUUACAAUCUUCCCAUCACAAGAAAAGUCACCUUCGGCCACGUCUUCGACAAGCGACUAUCGUCAGCAUUGACACCUUUGCACGAGAUUGUUUACCAAAAGUGGUUUUUCAAGAGGAUCAUUACUUUUGGGGACUCAGCGCACAAGUCAACCGUACACGUCGCAACAAUGGCAUACGCGUGGUCCCAUCCCAAUAUCUCGAUAGGGAGGGCCUUCUUUGGUUUGCCAAACCCCUUCCGGGCCGAGUGGAACAUCACGACCAUUUCGGAGCAGAUAGCUACGUUCUUCCGGUACGACGCUGUGACAGCAUUAGCGGGCUAUAUAGGCGGAAAUCUGUACUCUAUUUGGGACCUUCGUCGCCUUGGAUACAUUCAAACGCGUAGUGCUGUCAAGGCCGCCCUUGCUGUUAUCGUGGGCCAGUUCAUGAUCGGCCCAGGUGCUACCUGGGCUGGCUUGUGGUCCUGGAGAGAGGAUGUCAUUGCUGGCCUCGCGAGGUAG